AUGGAGGAAGAAUAUUAUCCAUUUCAUUCAGAGGAUAAUUACUCAGAUGGAUACUUUAUUAAUGACAGCAAUGUCUGUGAAAUGGGCAACUAUUUUGUAUUUUACACCCAUCUCACUACUGUCAUCUACACUCUGGUGUUUUUGCUCAGCCUUCUAGGAAAUACUCUAGUGUUAUGGAUCCUCUUCAAAUAUGAAAACCUUACAUCUUUAACAAAUAUCUUCAUCAUGAAUCUCUGUGUCUCUGAUUUAGUCUUCUCCUGCAUGCUGCCUUUCUGGGCAGCAGACCAGUCCUUUGGGUGGAUUUUUGGUGAGUUCCUUUGCAAAGCAGUGAAUGCUGUUUUCUCCAUUGGAUACUACAGUGGUGUUUUCUUUCUGACUCUCAUGACUGUCCUGAGGUACUUCUCUGUAGUGACCCCUCUCUCAACUCUGAGAUCCCAGACACGAUGCUGUGGUUUUCUGGUGAGUUCGGCUGUUUGGACUGGAAGCAUAUUAAUUGUGGUUCCUGAGGUAAUUCACACCACAGUGCACGAGCACUUUGAUGGCAUCAAGACCUGUGAUUAUGCCAGCUGGAAAUGGAAGAGGGUGGACAUUUAUCUGAGAAACAUACUCUUCCUGUUUUCCUUUGGGGUUAUUGUAUUCUGUUACUUCAAGAUACUGACAAUCCUGCUCAGAGCAAGAUCUCACAGAAAGCACAGAACUGUGAAGCUCAUCCUCAUUAUUGUGGUGGCUUUUUUCCUUUGCUGGGCACCUUACAAUAUCCUCAGCUUUCUGAUUACUUUUCCACCACUUACCUGUCAGUACGAAAAAGACUCUAAACUUGCCUUUCACAUCAGCCGUAAAAUUGCUUUCUCCCACUGCUGCCUCAACCCCGUGCUCUAUGUCUUUGUUGGAGUCAAGUUCAAGAGUCAUUUGUCACGUUUAUGCAGUCAGUAUUUACCCUGUGGGAACGGCCAAGUCUCCAGCCCCAAGUUCUCUCAAGGCAAAUUCCACUAUGAAGGUGCGUCCAUCUACUGA